AUGUCUCCCGCAGCUGCUCACGGUUCCGCAUCCAACGAUGUCAAGAAGGAAUCAGGUACUGCUCGUCUUCUUGGCUCAGGAUCCGCUGGUAUUGCCGAACUCCUCGUUUUCCACCCCAUUGAUACCACGACGAAGCGUUUGAUGAGCAACCAGACUCGGAUCACAUCUGCCAGUGAAUUCAACAAAGUCGUCUUCAAGGAAUACGCCAAUGCCCCCGCGGGCCGCAAGUUCACGUCUCUCUUCCCUGGUCUUGGUUAUGCCGCUGGUUACAAGGUUCUCCAGCGUAUCUACAAGUACGGUGGUCAGCCGUUCGCUCGCGACUACCUGGCCAAGAACUACGGCGGUGACUUUGAUAAGGCCUUUGGAAAGGGUACCGGCAAGGCCAUCAUGCACGCCACGGCUGGUAGUGUGAUCGGCAUUGGUGAAAUCGUCCUGCUCCCCCUGGACGUGCUGAAGAUCAAGCGUCAGACAAACCCUGAGGCUUUCCGUGGCCGUGGCCUCUUCAAGAUCAUCUCCGAUGAGGGUAUGGGACUUUACCGUGGCGCUGGCUGGACUGCGGCUCGUAACGCUCCCGGAUCUUUCGCUCUUUUCGGUGGAUCUGCUUUUGCCAAGGAAUACAUCUACGCCCUACAGGACUACAACAAGGCCACCUGGUCUCAGAAUUUCGUCGCUUCCGUCUGCGGUGCGAGCGCCUCUCUCAUCGUCUCCGCUCCUCUCGACGUGAUCAAGACUCGUAUCCAAAACCGCAACUUCGAGAACCCCGAGUCCGGCUUCCGCAUUGUCUCCAACAUGAUGAAGCACGAGGGUCCCACCUCUUUCUUCAAGGGUCUGACGCCCAAGCUGCUGAUGACCGGACCUAAGCUCGUUUUCAGCUUCUGGCUGGCUCAGACGUUGAUUCCUGCCUUUGGCCAGAUUGUAUAA